GCACCUGCCAGGGAGAAGGGACAGAGAGGGAACAGCAGAGACACACACAGAAACAGGUAAAGUUGAGACGGACAGAAGGAGAAGAUGCUCCAGCAAAGGAAUGGGGAGCUGGGGGGAAACUAGAGAAAAGGGAGAGACGGUGAAGGGGACAGAGAGCUGUGUGUACCUACAGCUACACAUCUACACACACGCACAAACACGGGAGUCAGAGAUUCGGACUCGGAAACAAGGAUAAACAGAGGCAGGAGGAGAGAUCAUCAAGGGACCAGCAGAAACACAGGAUUGCCUGGAGCAGGCCCGGGCAAUCUUUGGCCUUGGCCAGCCAUGGAAGAUGAAGGGAGGAGCCAGCAGGGUAAGCACAAGAGAGGACGAGCAUGUGGAAUCCUCUGGCCCGAGCAGUGCCCUGCAGCUGGACCUCUGGCCUCCACAGGAGGCCCCAGCGCUCAGCCCCCCAGGAGGCUGCUGGGGCCCGGAGUGGGCAGGCUGGGGCUCUCUCCACAAGGAGGACAACAUGGUCUCCCGCACCCCCGCCGCCGCCGCCACCGCACCACCUUCACCCCUGCGCAGCUGGAGCAGCUGGAGUUGGCCUUCAGCAGCAGCCAGUACCCUGACAUCUGGGCCCGAGAGGGCCUCGCCCGGGACACAGGUCUCAGUGAGGCCAGAAUCCAGGUCUGGUUCCAGAACCGAAGAGCUAAGCAGCGCAAGCAAGAGCGCGCACUGCUCCAGCCCCUGGCCCGCCUGCCGCCUGCUGCCUUCACGGGGCUCUUGCCCGAGUCCCCAGCUUGUCCCUACUCCUACCCAGCACCCCCGCCCCCCGUGACCUGCUUCCCUCACCCCUACAACCACGCCCUGCCCCCCCAGUCCUCCGCGGGUGGCCCGUUCGCCCUGCCGCCCCAGCCUGAGGACUGGUACCCCGCACUGCACCCGGCCCCCGCGGCUCACCUGCCCUACCCUGCACCCCCGCCGGUGCUCCCCCUCGGCCUCGAGCCACCCAAGUCUUGGAACUAAGGUCAGACAGGUACAAGGAGAGGCCAUCUGCAGCCCGCAUCCCUCGGGAAACAAAUGUGGGUGGUCCCUGUCCUCCUGAGGGCGAAGUCCGAAACAGCUGAGGGGCAGCUCAGAUACUAGAAAUCUACAAAUGGGGGCACUCGGGGAUUCUCAUCCAGGCAGCGCACCGAAAGAAUCUGGGGAGGUGAACCAGUGAGAGAGACAGACAGGCAAGAAGGCUGGAGAGGGGCUGCGGAGGGGACUUUCCUGGAGCCCGCCUGCGGCUGGCGAGUGGAGGUGGCUCGAGGGGCCUCGUUCCCUGAGACCCCAGCUGGCAAACUUCACCUCGGCUGUCACUAGCUGAGCUCAUGACGUGCAGGCCGCCUGUGCAGCCCGCGCUCAUCACCCACGCGUCCCAUCGCACCCGCCGCAGUGCUCACCCCGCUCCAGAGCUGGCUGCCGAGUGCCAUCUUCCCUUCCGCAGACUCCGGCAUUUCUGGGUUUUGUGAGGCAUCGCCUUCAUUGUUUUCCUUAACCGCACCCUACCCCGCUUCCCACAGACCUUUGCAAAUGUGAGCAUCAAGGGCUGACUCUCCCAUGGCUCGAACAACGCGUAAAGAAGCUGAGUGCGGUGGCGGCACACAUCUGUCAUCCCAGUACUGGGUGGCUGAGGCAGGAGGAGCACAAGCUCAGCCUGUUAAGCCGGCAGCGUAAGGACUUGGUGAGACUCUGUCUCGCAGUAAAAAAGCAUCCCUAAGAACAUGCUUAGGUCUUAGGUACAUGCAAAUAUGGCCUAAAACACAAGGGACUUGAGAAUCUCUGGACUUUCGGAGGUCCCAGAACAAGACUCCUGUGACGCUGAGGUGACUGUGCCAGUCUGCACUCUGCGGAAAGAACCCGAGUGUUGGUUUCAAUUCGUCCUCUUUACCCUGGGCCAUUUUUGGCAAUGUUACCUGACAACGAUGUCUCUUUUUUGCUUAUUUUAACUUUAUCAUUAAUUGCUAGUAGGACUCAAAAUAGCUUCAUGUUUAUAUGCAAUUUAUACAUUGUUUUUCUUUUCUGCAUUGCUUCUGAGUUAUUUGUGUCUUUGUAUGCCAAUAUAAUGUUUUAUUUGUGCUUGAGAACUUUGCAUUUUAGGGAUAAAAACAACAUAUAUGUUGCAACUGUGUCUAACAACUUGCUAUUUUUUUAAAGCUUUCCCAAUGAAGGUUUCCUAGCAGAAUUAAGCCAUAAUUCCUGAGGCCCCUAUUGGAUAUAAUGAAUCUAUUGGAUAUAAUGAAUCAGCUUCUGUCUUAAGUAUCUGUAAAACUGAGGGAAUUUAGAAAUCAGUUUGUUUCUUUGUUUGAUGGUCCAGAGGGCAGAAACCUCUAAGGGGGAGCUGAGGGGAAGGGAUUGGCCUGAAGCAAUCCAACAGAUUUCUUUCCAGGGUGACCAGUCAGCACCUGGAGGUGAAGGUGACAGAUGUGAGCAGUGGGAAUUCUGCUGUAAAUCAGCUUUAUAAGAUUCUUCCUAAAACUGAACAAGGCAGAAAUGAACAUGGAAAUCCAAACAUCAAGGCAUACUUUGAGAAAAAGAGCUCAGAAGGAUCCGAGUUGAGAAGAUAAUCUUUGUCACCAUGAAGGGACACGAUUCUUACCUCCUGGAGGCCUUACGGUCUUCGCUUCAUCCCGGGGCUUGGGUGUCACAGUGACGUGAGAGGGUGCCAACGCCGUCUCCCUUCCUUUCUGCUGCUCAGUUGUCCCUGGCACCCCAGGGACUCCUGAAGGACUGCAGAAUGUGUAAAACGUGCCACCUGGCGUGAGAGCUGUUCAGCGCCAAAGGCAACUGAGCAGAAGCAGACACAAGACAAGUUGUCUCCUUCUCAUUAAACUAAAAGGACGUAAACGUGUCGGGGGAUCCUGCCUCCCCUCUCUACCAGGAAGCACACAGGUCCCCUACUGCAGGUGAGUCUGGGCCCUCAUCACCUCAGAGAGGGAAGCAGGGAAUCCACAAAAUAAACCUUACUCACCAGCCCUGGUUCAGAAACCUUCAGUUAUGCCGUAUAAUUAACACUCAGUCUUUUACCUUUAGGUUUAGUGUAGGGUUUUUGGAGAUGUUGUGUGUCAAUUUGAGGUAGUUGCCCCUCUUCUCUUAAGAGUUAUUUAAUCAUAAAUGGGUGUUAAAUUUUGUUAAAUGCUUUUCCUAUGUCCACUGAUGAGACUAUUUCUUUAGACUGUUAAUGACAUGGAUUAUGCUGAUUGAUUUUUCAAGUGUUAACCCACUG